AUCUGUGAUAUAAAGAACAAAUCGAUACAAAGAAUACAAUCGACUAGAGUGUGGGGCUGACAAGUUCUAGCCAGGGUCUACAAAGAUGUCAAACGUCAAUUGAAUGCUGUCUAUUGGAACAAUAGCAAGCUAUUAAUUAUGUGCCAAAAUGUUCUUAAAGGCUAGUGCUGAAACGCUAGGCAAUCACAGUAUGCUUCACUGGGUUUAAGAAACAAUACGCUGCAGGGCCUCUUUGCGUGUAUUCAAACUCUGGGGUUAAUGGCUUGCCGACAAAAAGAUAAAAAUAUAAUGUCUCUCUGGUAAUUGUGGAGGUUUUAACAAAGAAGGUUUGAUCGUAUCCUCAAUGGUGAAGGUUUUGAAACCUUGCUGAAUUUCUAUGUGGUCUAAAGUCUUUGAACGCUGUUUAAGCUUCGGACCUCGUUUAGGUGGAGAAUUUUUGGGUCGUUUCUUUGGACUGCUUUGCUUUGAAUACAUUCCAGAGAAGAAUUUAGACUGCGUUCAAAAAAGCGAGCUUGCCCAGAAUGAGCUCAGGUAAUACCUGCACGGAUAUUUAUUGUUUGUUGUGACAGACUAAUCGGUUGGCUGCACUGGAUGAUGCUGCUCCUAUGAUAAUAAAACCCGACGGGAUAGAUAUCUAGAGCUUUUCGGCCAUUGGACAACGUCGAUGUGAAAUCAUGGGUAGUGGUGCAAGUCCGAACAAAGCAGAAAAAUGCUGAGUAAUAUUCAAGAAAGGGUGAUUAACAAUAACAAUUAUCUAUACUACAGUUGGUUGAUAAGGACCCUGUCCUCACAUGCAGACUGCAGGGUAGAAACUACUUUGCUUUACAUACCUUAAAGCUUUAGCUAGCUUUAUACCUAAAUGUCACGUAUUGUAUACUGUUUAAAAUUACACGCGUGCAUGUAAGACAGGAGUUAGACAUGAGCUUUAUUUUUAUCUAUCAAUAAAUGCAUAAACGACUAACCAUAUAAGUAUUUCCAAGGUCUCAGAUCUGUGCUAUAAAGAACAAAUCGAUACAAAGAAUACAAUCGACUAGAGUGUAGGGCUGACAAGUUCUAGCCAGGGUCUACAAAGAUGUUAAACGUCAAUUAAAUGCUAUCUAUUGGAACAAUAGCAAGCUAUUAAUUAUGUGCCAAAAUGUUCUUAAAGGCUAGUGCUGAAACGCUAGGCAAUCACAGUAUGCUUCACUGGGUUUAGGAAACAAUACGCUGCAGGGCCUCUUUGCGUGUAUUCAAACUCUGGGGUUAAUGGCUUGCCGACAAGAAGAUAAAAAUAUAAUGUCCGAUACAGAAGCCCCCCCGCCACCACCGAGGGGCUUAUCUUUAUACAAAGGUAAUCAAAACAUCAACAUGGUAUCAGGGAGGAAAGAAAGGUGUUAUUUAUUUGGUGAUCAUGAAGAACAGGUUGAUGAUCCAAGCAUCAAGCCGAUGGAUUUGUUGUCAAAUUCAAAACCAUUUGCGGCUCGUGAUACUGCCACAAAGGACUUAGUUGCAAACGAGAGGAAACCUCAGCAAGUGUCGACACAAAACGCUAAUCGUUCGCCUCAAUUUAAGUCAGGAAAUUUUAGAUUUGAAAAAGUAUUGUUGGAACGCGACAGGGAUAGGCUAUCUGAAGCAUGCAAAGGAAACAAACGCCCUGAUGAGCCUGCGCUUGAAAGGUCUAGUAACAGAGUCGUGCGGGGUUCUAUAUCCACAAUAAAGAAAACACCAGAUGACUAUGUAGAUAUGAAAGAUGCAACUGAUAGAAAGAUCAAACGCUACACCGAUGAUCCUACGAUGCUGAGGUUUAAAGGCUCAGUAGUCCAUUGCACCACAAACACACAAAACAGGAUGCCAAUCUUAGAUCAGGAGGACUAUGAUUACGCACCGUUGAUACAUCCAAACGCGGAUAGAAUCAAUCAUGAGGUUGCUUCUUCCAUGUGUAUGCCGUUUGGUGAUAAAGCUCCUCCGCUUCCUGCUAAAGCAAGAUCACAGGCUAAAGCACGGUCAAUGUCUGAUGGAAGCCUUCGAAGGUACCUAACCGAUAAAACACGAGUUGAAGGUGAUGCUUUUGUAGAGUCAAGGGCGGAGAAUCAUAUCCAUGAUGAUGGUGGGAUAGUGAUAACGCCCAAGAUCACUCCACGCCCAAACACACUAUCUUCAUCACGAGGGACUGACCCAAACUCACUUGGAUGUGAAAGGAGACAGGCAGAAUUAAAAAUAAGUGAUAAGCUGAAACAAAAGCCUGUGGUAAACCCACGCCCGGAGAAAAUACCAAACAUAAUCAGUGAUAUGCAUUCUAUGGAAGACAUUCGAUAUGGAAGUGAUGUUACAGAUGACUUGGAACCGCAGAGAGUUGACAAAAAGCUGAAAAGUUCUCUUGGGGAUUAUGAGAAUGUCGAGAAAAUAUUACAAUCCAUGUCAACCGCUUCGACACAAGUAACGUCACUUGGACAAGCAAUAACAGGGGGAGGAGACCAAACAAAACUCACUCAAGCUAUCACAAUGAAUCCAACGGCAGAGAUUGAAGUGAAGGCCACACCAAAUCAAUCGAAUUCACUGGUAGCGAUCGAACAGAACAAAGCUCCUCAAUCAUACCCUAUGAGCAGCCCAAGGCCUUUAACAAAAGCACACAAUCCAACAGCAGCUAGUGAUAAGGUCAAACAUACUCAAUCACAACGACACUCCAAGUCAUCAAUUCAAAUAACUAAAAGUGAGCAGAGCGUCCAACGUUCUCAAUCCUUCAAUACGAAAGAAUCCAAAACAAAGCCGUCUAGUUCAAUGAAAGACUGGAACACUGAUGACGUGUCAGACUUCCUAUUCCGCCUUAAUCUGGGGAAAUACGUAGAGGUGUUCAGAGAAAACCAAGUUGACGGUGAGCUAUUGAUGUCGCUUGACCAGGAAAUGCUGGAAGAGGAAUUCAACAUGAAGAGCAAGUUCGAUAUUUUGAAACUGAACAAGGCCAUCAAAGAAGGAUGGCUACCAAAGUAGUGAAGUAUAACAGAAUAUUUCCUUAGAAAAAACCCAAAUCGUACAAAAGGUACACAUGACAAUGAUAGUUGUGGCAAGUUCGAUAUUUUGAAACUGAACAAGGCCAUCAAAGAAGGAUGGCUACCAAAGAAGUGAAGUAUAACAGAAUAUUCCCGUAGAAAAAAAAACAAAUCGUACAAAAGGUACACAUGACAAUGAUAGGUUUUACAUUGAAAAAAAAAGGAUUUUAUAUAUAUUAAUGCUGUUGAGACAUUAGUAAAAGGUAAUGGCAAUGAUAGUUUGGGCAAAGGUUUCAGAAAAGAAGAAUUUAUACACUAUAAUGCUGUUGAAAUUUAAUUGUUCAAACGAAUACAAUCAAGCAAAUGCAUCAUCAGAUUGUACUAUAUUUUUUUAUCCCACUAAUUGGCAUUAGAAAAAUAGAGGCUUGAUGAAAUUUGUCGCUAUAAUUGUGCUUUAAGAUUCGUUUGCGCAAUAAACGCAGGACCAUACAUAAA